AGACCCAUGAAGAUUCUGACCUAUAGGUUCCCCUGUGGUCCCUUCGCUGGGCACAUGGAGAUAGAUCAGAGGCUUGCCGGCCUUGCCGGCCAUAGAGAGAGGAAUCCGGAAGGCUACACUUUUCACAGAAUGGUGCAGGAAGGGGUAUUGAGUGAUAGCAAUGUGAAAGCAGCUAUUGAGACAAUUCAUGAUGCCCUGCAAAAGCUGGAAGCUCGCCUUGCAGACCACGACUGGCUAGUUGGUGACCAGAUCUCAUUGGCCGAUUACUGCUGGGGGCCCAAUGUCUAUUGCUGCAUGGAAGAGUACAUGUUAGGGUUCCCAAUGGGCCGGUACCCUGCCGUACGUGCUUGGUACAAAAGGCUGUUCCAAGAUGAGGCUUUCCAGAAGGGAGUGGUUUCGUACAGCAGUGUUCCUCUCAAACCUGUUUUGGCCAUCAAGAACU